UUGCAUUCCCUCACACGCCACGAGGUAGACACAGGAGCAAACACAGUUGCUGGGGCUGACAUUGGAAGGGAGAGCCUAAAGAGCACGGCAUGACUACUCGAGCAGGCCGUGGCCGUGGUGAAAGGGCGGACCGGUCACGGGGGGUCCCGAGGAGGACGGCGAUGAGCUCUCGGCAAGGGACCGGCGGGACCGGCGGCGGCAGGCAGCUCGCGACGGCGCUGUUGGCCUUGGUGGUCCUGAACGCCUGCUUCGACCUCGGCACCGGCUUCUCCAGCGGCAUCCCGUGCCCCGUCGACCUCUUCUCCUGCCUGGGCGACGACGAGUGCAGCUCAUGUCUGGACGCCCUCCAGGAGAACGACCUCCCGCUCAUCGGGGGCGAUUUCGAGCUGUGUGACGACCUGUACGCCAGCGUGUGCGCCGCCGCCGAGGCGAUCGGCUGCAACACCGACAACGAGGAGCUGGUCGAGUUCCUGACCUGCGUGGCCGACGACUCGUUCGGGUGCGGGGACUUCACCACCUGCGCGGACUUCCCCGCGGAGGUGGAAACGCCGCCGCCCACCGUCCCCCCGUCCCCGACCGCUACCACCACGGCGGCUGCCGUUCCUACACCCGCACCGUCUUUCCCCUUCCCAGCGACCGCCGCGCCUACCGCUGCCGUGGCCGCUGCUACAAGCGCUCCAUCUUCUGGCUCCCGCGGUGGCCUGCCGUUUUCGCCCACGGCCGCGCCCACCGGCGGUGGCAACGCGAAGGGUCGUGACACCGCCUCACCGACACCGGCCUCGUCGUUCGAGGGCUUCAUGGACACGCUGGCUCCGUCCGCCGCGCCGACCGGGGGGCCCGACGGCGGUCUCCGCGGGGGAGACGUGUUCUCGGACACGCCUACCGCAGUUCCGACGGUCGGGUUCGAGGACGAACUUGACGGCGUUAGCGCGGGCAGCGCCUUGGCUGUGGCUACCCCCGUCGUCGUCGCCGCCGCCGUGGUCUUCUUCGCGGCGACUGCCCUCCUCGCCGACUUCUCGCAGUACAACCUAGCCACUUGAAUCCGCGUGUGCAUUCUCGGGUUUGAGGGGAAGAGGACGCCGGGAUCAGCGGGCGGUGGGGGCGUUCCUGUAGCGCCUGAAACGCCGUGACCGCAGGCGAAGGGCGAACGGCCUCAUCGACGACACUGGUGUACCGGUAGCUCUCGGAGUGCUGUCACCCGCGAUCGCGUUCCGUGCUUGGGGGUUCUCCGAACAUAUGUUGCUCUGCGGGGCUGUUAUUGGUUCCCAGUCUUUCAGGGGCAAGGGGGUCGGUCAGGGGCGGGAGAAAAUGGCGGAUCGAAAUCACACACGGCGAUGUAGCACAUGGGUAUGCUGAUAUGGAGAGAGACGUUUGCAUGAUAGUUACCGUUCAGGAGCUUGGAUCUCCUGCUUAUCGUGACGCGGAACCAAGUUCUGUCCGAAGGGUGCUGCCGUAGUUCAAUCAUGGCGGGGUGAGAAAAAAACAAGAGGUGAAAUCUUGAAUGACGCAAGUGCGAACGUGGAUUGUUUGCGUCUUGGCCCAGAUGUCAGGGGGAGGCAUCCCUGAUUUUUGUACGGCAUCCCGGCCGUCUUUGGCAACUCGACGUUGUCCUGUCAGGGGAAAAAGGGAGGACGGUUGUUCUGCUUCGUCUCCGAUGUAAGAAUGAACGAGGUUCUUGGAACCGACAUGAUGGGAGCGGUUUUUCAGCUCCGUUAUUCUUGAUGUCUCUGUUGAUGGGGAGAGAGCGAAACCGUUUCGCGCGUGAUAGGCGUUGAGACGUGUUUUGUCUGGAGUACGAUUUCUACAAUAGGUCGAGCAAGGGGCGAGAGUUUGAUUUUUAGGCUUUUCGUCCUCGUUGUCUUCGUUUUUCCAAUUUUGUCGUCGUUUAUGGGAGGUCACCUUGAGUGAUCAUGAUGGUCGCAUGUUAGUGGUGGGGGAUAAAUAUAUGGACUGUCGUACUCGAUAGUUAAGAGAAAGAUGCUUGCUUUUCGGGACCUGCAACGUCGCUAACAACAAUGAGCGGAGCGUAUGCCUCGAAUCGAGGGGGAGAAGCCCCAGCAAGAUGCGCAACUUGUUCGAGUGGAGCGUGCGAAGUAUUGCAUGUCGUGUAUGCUGGCGUUGUUCCCGAAGGAUCUGUUACCCCGGGGGGUUCGCGGGUGUGCGAACAAUCAAUCGUGCUUUUCCCGUAAAACGUUUAUACUUCUUUUCCUGCCUUUGGCGGGGCGUAUGCUUCACAAUCUCGAAACCUGUCGCCUGUCGCCAGCAUCGUUUCUACGCUGCGUGUGCCGAUCGGCUAGUUCGAAUUUGUUGCGUGGGUUUGGCGGGGGAGCGCGGGAUAUAUUCUCCAUGUACGUAGCAACAUAGUUUACUGUGAUUGUCGGUGUGUGACUCUAUGUCGUAGACUGUUGGUCGUUGCAACGUCCGAUGCACGAUGGACGACGUAUCGCGUGUUGUUCGGUUUUGUUGGUGGCGGGAUAUCCAACGCUGAAGCGGUCGGUGCGGAUGCCCGAUACAUUUUAAAACAGACGUCUCUCGACGUCGCCUUGAGCUUGUUCGUAUUGUAUACUUUUCGAUUACUGUGGUGAUUGGUGCGACGAGUAGAGCGAUUGUUCAAUCUAAACAACCGUCACGUAAUCUUUUCGGGGCGUCACCCUCUCUGUCUCUCUCGAUAGGAUUGCCAUGGCACGACCGACUGUGCUUGGUGUGUUAGGAGCCGAAAAUUUGGCGGGGGACAAGGCCAUCGAUUCCCCCCCC